AUGCCGCCGACGUGCGCCGUCUGCGACUCGCCAACAGCGUUCACAAUGCACUUCGGAGGCCGGUGUUGUAAGGCAUGUGCAGCGUUUUUUCGACGGACCGUUGCCUUGAGCCUCAAAUACGAAUGUGCUUCGAACCAAUGCUGCGAAAUCAAUUUUGGAAUGCGGUUGGUUUGUCGAUCAUGCCGACUUCAGAAAUGUUUUCACGCCGGAAUGAAAGCGGAUUUGGUCCGAUCAAAACGUGAGAAUUUUUCUGCAAAAGGUCGCAAACACUCGGACGGCUCAUCGAAUGAUCGACAAGAAAGUUCAACAUCAGUUAGUCCGAAUCUGAGGGAUGACGAUGACUGGCAGUGUCCGAUGCUAAACGAAGCAUCUACUAAUUAUAUGCCACAAUUUGAAGCGUCUCCCGACGCUAGCUCUCGUCAAUCUUCCUUUGAUGCUGUUUAUAAUACGCCCACAACUUCAUACGCCAUUCCACCACCACCCCCGUCACAAGCUACUCCGAUUCCUCAACCGAUCUAUGAUUCGUCGUUCGAUUUACUGAAUCACUAUGUUUCAUUGGAAACAUCGCUGAGCAGUCGACGACGGAUAAUGUACACAAAUACGGAAAUGGAUAGCAUACUGGAAUGUCACUCGAAUUUAGAAUGUCCAUAUUUGCCCUCCGACUUGAGACCUCAUGAUUAUCGAACAUUUCGGGGGAUGCUCAGACAUGAUUUCGUCAUUCUUUUCGAUUAUUGCACAGGAUUUCCGCAAUUCAAUUCGUUCAAUAGUAAUGAAAAGAAUGUGUUUUAUCGAUUCAUAGUCGCCGUCGAUUUUAUUGUCUCUUCUGCUUUUUAUUCUUCAAGAUUAGGCACUUCGAUGGACAAAAUGAUUUUUCCGAAUGGCGAAUUUUUGUGCAUGAGUCCGAUGCCAAUGACUGGCGAAGAAGCCAAUGCACGCAGUUUUUUCGAUUCUGAUGACGAUUUUUCAAAAUAUAGAGCUUUGAUGCCAAUGCAUACACGUAUAUGGGAAGAAUCGAUUGUGCCAUUUUCACGACUUCAAACCUCUUUUCAAGAAUACGUUCUCAUAAAAGCUUUAACAGUUUGGCAUAUUACAUAUUAUAAAAUGAGCGAGUGCGGUAGAGAAAAGUGUCGUGUUCAACGUGAUCUCAUCAUUUCUUGUCUUUCUCGGGUUUGCACUUAUGAUGAUGUACAGAAACGGGUUGGAGAGCUUCUCAUGAGUAUGACUUAUAUAAUGGAAUCAGUUCAAAAAUUGACCUCGUCUUAUGUUCUUCUAACAUUCUUCGAUGUUCUCAAAUGUGAUUCGAUGCUCCACGAGAUGCUCACUUUUAAAUACUAA